AUAUGACAGUGAUAUUGGGCGAUUAAAACAUUAUAUUUAAUCUAUAUUCAUGGAAUUUCAAUUUUCAAUAACAAAACAAAUGUCAAAUGAUAAUUUCGCAUGAUUUUCCGACUAAUAAGUUCAUAAUAAUUUACUGACUUAUUGUUAUUUAUUUUCAAGUUAUGUUUUCUAUAUAUAUGAGGGUAUAAGUAACAAGAAAAAGUAAUUUGGUAUUAGUUUUAAGGUGAGUUUUUAUGUAUUUAUUUAUCAAUAUAAUUGCUGCAGUGGCUUACUUUGCAUGCAAUAAGAGUGCUGAUGUAGAUGAGCAACAUGAGUAGCCAGCACCAGUACAUGUCGGUGAACAGCUCCUCCAGCUCAAGGGUUGGAGACAUAGAACACAUAAGUCACUUGUCUGAGCAUAUAGGUUCAUUGUGCCUCUCGUCAGAGUACUCAGACGUGACACUCAUCGUGGAAGGGCAACGUAUACCUGCCCACAAAGUCAUCCUCGCUGCCAGCAGUGAUUACUUCCGAGCUCUUUUGUAUGGAGGCAUGCGAGAAGCUAAUCAGGCAGAAGUUGAGUUACAGGCACCUUUGCUGGCUUUCAAAGCUUUACUGCGCUAUGUUUAUUCUGGUCAUAUGGGCUUGUCGCUGCUGAGAGAGGACACGGUGCUGGACAUGCUGGGACUCGCUCACCAGUUCAACUUCCAGGAGUUGGAGGCAGCGAUAUCAGAUUACUUGAGGCAGAUUCUGGCGCUGAAGAAUGUGUGCGCCCUCCUCGACGCCGCUCGGUUGUAUGGGCUGGACGCCUUGAUGGACUACUGCUACAAUUUCUUGGACAGAAAUGCCACUGAGAUACUUCAACAUGACACCUUUCUACAGCUGUCCGUUGAAGCACUGCAAGGUCUGCUAGAGCGAGAUUCAUUCUUCGCACCGGAAGUGGACAUCUUCAAGGCCGUUUGUAAUUGGUUCAAUGCCAACCAGCAGUGGGUCAAAUCUGAAAGUGGAAUGGCUCAAGUGGAGAAGAUCCUCAAAUGUGUCCGUCUAACCCUGAUGAGCUUGGAGGAGCUGUUGACGGUCGUCCGGCCCUUCUCGCUCGUGACGCCCGACAUGUUGCUGGACGCCAUACAGGAGAAAACGCAGACCAAGAGCACGGAGCUCAGACACAGGGGGCUUCUAUUGCCCGAGGAGAACGUGGCGACGGCCAAGCGCGGCGCGCGCGUGAUCGCGGGCGACAUGCGCUCGGCGCUGCUGGACGGCGACACGGACAACUACGACAUGGAGCGCGGCUACACGCGCCACACCAUCUCCGACGCGCCCGACAACCCGGGCAUCGUCGUGCGCCUCGCCACCACCACCAUCGUCAACCACCUGCGCCUGCUGCUGUGGGACCGCGACAACCGCUCCUACGCCUACUACGUCGAGGUGUCCGUCGACCAGAAGGACUGGGUGCGCGUGAUCGACCACAGCGACUACUUCUGCCGCUCCUGGCAGAACCUCUACUUCGAGCCGCGCGUCGUGCAGUACAUCAAGAUCGUCGGCACCAGCAACACCGUCAACAAGGUGUUCCACGCGGUGUCGCUGGAGGCGCUGCACAGCGCGCGCGUGCCGCCGCUGUGCGACGGGCUGGUGCGGCCCGCGCACAACGUGGCCACGCUCGACCUGUCCGCCGUCGUCAUCGAGGGCAUCAGUCGUUCGCGCAACGCCCUGCUGAACGGCGACACGGAGCACUACGACUGGGAGCAGGGCUACACGUGCCACCAGCUGGGCUCGGGCGCCAUCGUGGUGCAGCUCGCGCAGCCCUACAUGCUGUCGUCGCUGCGCAUGCUGCUGUGGGACUGCGACUACCGCCACUACUCCUACUACGUCGAGGUCUCGCUCAACUACUGGAACUGGGACAUGGUGGCUGACCGCACGCGAGAUGCCUGCCGAUCGUGGCAAGUGAUCUACUUCCCGCCGCGGCCCGUCUCCAUCAUCCGCAUCGUGGGCACCAACAACUCCGUGAACGAAGUGUUCCACCUGGUGCACCUGGAGUGCCCGGCGCAGGUGGAGGAGGCGCGCGAAGAUCCGGCAGCUAAGAAGCAGCGACCCUCCCGCGACAGGGACUCGCGACGCAGCCCCGCCGACGAGGUCGGCAACGCGGACGCGCGGCGCUCGCCGAGCCCGCCGGGCGCGCCCAGCCCCCCCAGCCCCCCUGCGGACGGCCCGGCGGGCGACGCGACCCCCCGGCCCGCGCUGCCCCCCGCCGAGACCGCCACCGAGGCCGAGGAGGGCUACGACGACUGAACACCGUAGCGGGAGCUCAGCAUGCUCGUGUACUGCUGCCGGCAUGUCUGGCCGUGUUUCAAGUGAGCGUGUGAGCGUGACGAGCCUCGACUGUAGUGCCCCUCGGUGACGAUCGGAAACGAUACGAAUUGGUAAUCUAUCGCGAGUUUAAAACUCAUACGAAUAUCGUUGCUAUCGAUGCUAUACAGAUGUAAAAACGUAUUUUGUGCAAUUAGCACUAGUAGAAGCUAUGAUUAGUAUUUUUAGCAAUACUGUGGAUGCUAUAAAUAUUAAUGUUAUUAGAUAGUAAUAGAGUAUGUACCAUUUAUACUAUCUGUGGUUUGAUCAGUAGUGAUAAUAUUUGCAAUUUCGAGAAAUACCAUUCGACAUAAUAAUCAAAAUUAU